CACCUGUGAGAGCAAGGAAACAACAAUACACGCACUGUUGAUGUCACUGCUCACUCCCUCUUAUGGCUUCCCAUUCACAGUUUAGCCUCUCUUUGAUCUUCCCAUUCCUUCUUCUUCUUCUUCUCCUCUCUAUGCCCACACAAGGCAAGCCUGUCUCUUUCUCAAAUAUAAGAGAAGCCACGCUCAGCGAUCUCCAACUGGCCUUCCGUAGAAAUCAACUAACCUCCAGGCAGCUCGUUGAGUUCUACAUUCGAGAAAUCCACAGGUUCAACCCAAUUCUCAAGGGGGUGUUGGAGCUUAAUCCUGAUGCGCUAGCCCAGGCUGACAGGGCCGACCGAGAACGAUGUCGUGCAGGACGUCCUCUGCCAAAACUGCACGGCAUACCGAUUCUGGUGAAGGACAACAUUUCAACCAAGGACAAGAUGAACACAACGGCUGGGUCUUAUGCUCUUCUGGGGUCCGUGGUGCCUAGAGACGCAGGGGUGGUCUCCAAGUUGAGAAAAGCUGGGGCCAUCAUCUUAGGGAAGGCUACCUUGAGUGAGUGGUCCUAUUUCAGGGGAAAUAAUUUACCCUCUGGUUGGAGUGCUAGAGGCGGGCAAGGCAAGAAUCCAUACACAAUGGGUGAUCCUUGUGGGUCUAGUAGCGGAUCUGCAAUAUCAGUUGCAGCAAAUCUUGUGGCAGUGUCUCUUGGUACUGAGACUGAUGGCUCCAUUUUAUGUCCUUCCGAUUCUAACUCCGUAGUGGGCAUAAAACCAACCGUUGGUCUCACUAGCAGAGAUGGGGUGGUUCCAAUCUCCCAAAGACAAGACACAGUAGGACCUAUUUGUAGGACUGUCUCAGAUGCUGCAUAUGUUCUUGAGGCCAUUGCAGGCGUUGACGUUAGGGAUAAGGCAACAAUUAAAGCAUCAAAAUAUGUCCCAAAAGGUGGAUACACUCAGUUUCUGAGAAAAGACGGUCUAAGAGGUAAAAGGAUAGGGAUAGUGAGGUACUACUACAAGUUUAACGGUACUUCGCUGCAGAAAACUUAUGAGCAACACCUAAAGACACUAAGGCAGCAAGGGGCAGUACUGAUUGACAAUUUGGAGAUAGAUAACGUUGAAAUAAUCAAAGAUGCGGGAUAUGAAUUCACUGCUUUGCAUGCUGAAUUUAAAAUAGCCUUGAACUCAUACCUUAAAGCUUUAGUUAAUUCUCCAGUGAAAACCUUAGCAGAUGUGAUUCACUACAACAACAAACGCGCAGACUUGGAGAAAACUGAUAAGUACAGCCAAGACGUUAUGUUGGCAGCUCAGAAGACGAAUGGAAUUGGGAAGAAAGAACGGGCAGCAUUAUUAGUCCUGGCAUGGCUGUCCAAGAAUGGAAUCGAGAAAGUCAUGAAAGUGAAUAAACUAGAUGCAGUGGUGACCUCUGGUUUUGAUUUUGCUACUGUACUUGCCAUUGGAGGGUAUCCAGGAAUUACUGUGCCUGCAGGUUACAAUGAGGGCGAGCCAGUGGGAAUUUGCUUUUCAGGUUUGAGAGGUUCAGAACCAAGGCUGAUUGAGAUUGCUUAUUCAUUCGAGCAAGCAACUAAGCUUAGGAGGCCACCACCACUUCAUAAGCUGCGACCCUAAAUUAAAUAUCAGCAUAUCAUCCUGAUGAACAAAUGUUCUGAUAAUUAAUCAUCAAUAAAUAAGUUCAUUCGAACAA